AUGGAGCAUGCUUUCAUGCAUUGUGAGUGGACAAAAAGGGUCUGGUUCAGUUCUCCUCUAACCUUACAUCAUGUUCAUGACAUCAAUUUUAAUGAAUGGUACCAGAAUAUGCUAAACAUUACAGACCGACAGUGCAUGCAAAUGAUAAACUCUAUUCUGUAUAGCAUUUGGAAGUCUAGAAACGAUUUAGUCUUUAAUAAGAAAGACAUACCUGCCUAUAGUGCAAUGGAGAAAGCUCUUCAAUGCCUUGAGGAUUACCAGCGCAGCUGUGAUACUGAGAAAGCUCACCCAGAUGACUCCACCUCUUCGAAAACUCGGAACGAUAUAAGCUGGAGUCCACCUCCUAUGUCCUGCUUGAAGCUCAACGUGGAUUCUCACCUUCUUGAAGGUGUUAGCCGUUGGGGUUUAGGUAUGGUUCUGCGGAGGGAGGAUGGCCGCUGCAUCGGGGCGAUGACGAAAUUGGUAACAGGGUCGGGGGAUGUGGCUUUAGCUGAAACAACAGGUCUCUUUGAAGCUCUUCAGUGGGCAACAAACAUCAAGGAUAUGGAGGUCAUUGUUGAGAUGGACGCUGCGGUGGUGGUUCGUGCGAUUCAGACACGGCGGUUCCCUAAAAAAAAACAUCACUUCAUUUUUGAAUUCUUCUGCUCCUUGGCCAGAAGUUUUGGACCGUCUCUCACAGCUAUUUCUUGUCCAUUAGGAAGUGUUCCCUAA